CGAAAGGCCACCCACGAGAUUGGAGCAGACGUGAUGGCUCCACCGCAACGGACCAAGCGGCGUGGCUUCAACCGACAAGCGGUGCAGGUAUAUGCGUCCUCGUCCGACUUGGAGGACUGUGGAAGGUCCACUUCCACGAAUCAUGCUCGCAAGUACGAGGCGAAGAAGGCGUCGUCGAAGAAACGACGGUCGAACUGGAGCGACGAUGACUUCAGUCACGGCAACGAGGACGACGAACAGCAUUACUUGCACAUUCAAAACGGACAGGGCAUCUCCGACGCUAUUGCUGUCGCUCCAUCUCCUCGUCGUAAGAAGCACAAAUCGGACCAGCCCCGCGGCCUUCGACACAGCCAUCUAUGGCGCACAGAGUUUCCACCAUGGCUUCGCAAAGUAGACUCGAACACGGUGGUGUGCCCAAACGAAGAGCUCGAGCGCAUGGCAGCAUACUUGAGUGUCAAGCCCCAAGAGAUCACAGCCCGACGUGAGAUUGUCCGCGUCAUAUCGGACACAAUCCGUUCGACAUUUCACCAUUCCCACGAACUCCAGUUCCACCUGUUCGGGUCGCUUGCCACAGCGACAUCGUCCUUGGCCACAUUUCGCAGCGAUAUUGACCUCACGAUCGAAGUCGUGCCACCGCCGUCGUCGGAAGCGGUGGUGUACACGAGCGCCAUGUACGACGACGACGACGACGAGUACGACUCGGGUCACUCGUUCUUUGACGGGCACGACGCAGAUUUCGACAUCAGCGCCAUGCAGUUCAAUUUCAUCACCCACAAAGCACCCGCGCCGUCGCGUAAAACACACGUCCAAGUGGCGACGUUGCAAUCAGGACUUGCCGCCUCCAAUCUCCCAGAGAACAAGGUGGUCAUGACGAGGGCCGAGCGCAACCAGUGCGUGCGUUUCCUGCACAAAGCGGCGCGGGCGUUGCGCCAAGCCCAUCCGUCGUUCUCUAUCGAAGUGCGCCGGCUGGCCAAGGUCCCAAUCAUCAACGUGAUUCAUAGAACAUCCAACAUUGAGGUUGACGUGAGCGUGGGCAUGGAGAAGCCAUCGCCUGGCGAUCAAAUCGUCGCGUGGUACGCCGCACACCACCCCGAAUUCAACACCUUAGUGGUGUUGUUGAAGGAAUUCUUGUACCAAAACGGAAUAAACAAGCCGUACGAAGGCGGAAUUGGGAGCUUUCGACUGUACUGCAUGGUGACUCACGUCGUCGCAGCAUCCAACCCGCGUGACGGCGCGGCCACGUUGCUCUUGCGCUUCUUCGAGCGCUUUGGAUGCGCCAAAACGUUUAACAAUCGAACUGUGCUCAGGCUGCGGCUGCCCGAGCACGACCCUCCGCUCAAGUGCGAUGUCGAAUUCACGUCGAUAUUCCGCCUUCGCGAUUGCAACUACUUGUUUCACCAAGCAUUUGAACGCCUGCAACGCGUUCUGCACGGCCAUGGCAGCAUGCACAACCACGUCGUGGUCAAGGAUGACGACGCGGACACCACGUCGGGGGUGCUGGCGUCGCUAUUUUGGACCUACGACUUGCGACAAGAGCGCGAGCAUCGACUCGCGCUGGCCGUGCAACACAUGGGCCACAUUGCCGCCGCGGUUCCAUCGGUGGAAGCGCUCGUUGCCGACGACAUUUACGCCGUCAAGAAAAAGCAAAUGCACAAGAUCGUGGCGGACAAGAAGUUUGGAAAAAAACGAAUCACGACAUCCGCCAAGAAACUCAAGCGACAACUAGCCAGGCGACUCGCCACCGGCCAGUGACGUGCCGUCCACGGGUUCAUGCAGCCAGAGGUCUCGACUGCGAGCGACACCACGAUUUGGUCGGUCCAAGUCGCGAUGGCAAGUGAGUCGUCGCCGCCACAACCGUUGAAACGAAUGUCCCAAACUAACGCGACGCGCAGUCGUUUCGAGAUUCCUUGGCAGAAAAACCGGGACUCAGCUCCCAC